UCUCUUUCUCGCUCGCCCAGCUGGAUCAGAGUCAGACUGAAGAGGAGAAGUGAGGAAGAGGAGCAGUGAGGAAGAUCCGCUAUAACCGAGGAGUGGAGCUUCAUCUGAAGGUCAGAGGUCAUCAGUCUAAACCAAUCAGGUGCCAGACAACAGGUCACAUGGGGCACUGACAGCCAGGACCAGCAGCCAUGACGGCAUCCAUCAGAGCCACAACAGGAAGUCUGAACCUCCUGCACUUCCUGCUGGGUGUGUUCCUGAGCCGUCCAGAAGGUGGCGUGGCCCUGGAGCUGCUACCUUCCUCCACAGAAGUUCUCCUUCAAUCACAGUCCAACUUCUCCGUGGUGUGUUCAGGGUGGAGUGAGGUGAAGUGGCACUUGCCUCAGGACGCUGACGGAGGUCCAGAGGUUCUGGUACAGGUCGACGGCUCCAGCCGCAUCCUGCAGCUCCUUGGCGCCACCUGGAGGAGCUCCGGCAGGUACACCUGUGAGGAGCCGUCCGCCGAUCAGAGCCGCGCAGUGGACGUCUUUGUACCUGGACAAGGUCCAGAGCAGUGGUUCGUCCCACAGAGUUCCUCCCAGGUGUACAAGCACUCAGAGGAAGGUACCAUUCCCUGCGUGGUGUCCGACCCAAAGCUCAACGUCUCUCUGUUCGAACGACCCGGCAGAACUGCAGUGGGCGGGGUCAGAUACGUGCCGGCUCUGGGCUUUACGGGACACCUCAAUGAUGCAGGACAUGUCUGUGUGGCGACAGACGGAGACCAGGAGAAGGAGUCCCAGGUCUUCUAUGUCUUCACCGUCCUCGAACCGAAGCAGAUGGAGAUGGAGCUGUCAGUGUCCAGCGAGGUCCUGAAGCAGGGGGAGGUCCUGACCAUGAACUGCUCCGUCAGAGACGUGGACAUGGCCUUUUUCACAUGGACCUUCCCCCGCAGACAGGAAGUAGAACCUCUGACAGACAUCCUGUCCAAUGAAAUUCGCUCGUUCAUUAACAUCUCCAAGGCAACAGAGUCAGAUUCAGGUGUUUAUGUGUGCAAAGCUCAGGACUCGCAGUUUAGAUGGACCGUGAGGAAAAACAUCACAAUAACUGUUCUGGACAAAGGCUACGUCUACCUGUGGCCCUCAGGUGAGACCAACAUCUCGUCUGUCGUCCACCACACCGUGGAGCUGAAGGUAGUGGGUGACGCCCUCCCCACCCCCACCUUCACCUGGUCCAGGCUAAACCAGACUAUCGCCAUGGAAACCAGCUCCAUCAACACCACUCACCUGACCAGCAGCAGGUAUGUGAGCACCCUGACGCUCCAUCAGGUGCAGUUGGACCAGGCAGGAACUUAUACUGCAACUGCAUCCAAUGAGGACAGCAGAGAGGAGGUCAUGUUCUACCUACAGGUCACAGCUCCUCCAAGGAUUUUGUCUCUGUCAGAAGUUGAUAAGAAAGACAUCCUGUGUGUCAGUGAGGGAGUCCCAACUCCUUCUGUUACCUGGUACACCUGUCCACGUUCGAUCAGGUGCAGUAAUCUGAGUGACGGUUGGAGGAGCCAGUUAGGGGCCUUGGAACAGGACGUCACCACAGUGAUAGAAGGAGACGGAGCCCUGGUAAAAAGUGUGUUGACUCUGAAAACUCUGGACUCUGUGUCGGCUGUUCGCUGCGAAGCUACGAACGCAGCAGGAGAACGAGCGCGAGACCUGCGAGUUCUUCGCACCUCCCUUCUGUCCCAGGUGGUUGUCUUGGUGGCGGUUCUGGUUCUGGUCAUCAUAGGCGUGAUCUUCUUCAUCAUCCUCAUUGCUCUCUGGAGAAACAAGCCUCACUAUGAAACACACUGGAAGCUGAUGGAGUCUGGAGGUUCUGACGGACAGCCAUGUUCCUACGUGGACCCUGAAGACCUGCCCUACAGCUCCGCCUGGGAGAUCCCCAGAGACCAGGUGGCACUUGGUCAGGUCCUGGGUUCUGGUCCAUUUGGACGGGUUGUAGAGGCAACAGUUUCUGGUCUGACUGGCUCUGACACGCCAACAAAAGCUGCAGUGAAGAUCAUGAAGUCCAAGAGGGAUGCGGCCCAGUCUCUGAUGUCCGAGUUAAAGGUUCUGGGUUACCUGGGUCCUCAUCUGAACGUCGUCAACCUGCUGGGAGCCUGCACCAGCCCAGGUCCAGUUUACCUGAUCACUGAGUUCUGUCGUCUUGGUAACCUGCUGAACUGCCUGCAGAGGAACAAAGACACAUUUGGACAGGUGGACAUGCCCAGCAGGAGUAACAGCGACGGCGGCUACAUGGACAUGAACCAAGACGGGCGGGGACGUUAUGUCCCUCUGAAGGAGCUGAGAGACACUGAACAGGGGACAGGCCACGCCCCCACAGACCACCAGAAGGCGCCAUCGCUCCUCCUUAGCGACUCUCCCGUCCUCACCAUGGAAGACCUGUUCAGUUUCUCCUUCCAGAUCGCUCAGGCCAUGGAUUUCCUGUCCUCCAGGAAGUGUGUCCACAGAGACCUGGCAGCCAGGAACGUCCUGGUCUGUGAGGGGAAGCUGCUGAAGAUCUGUGAUUUUGGUUUGGCCAGAGACCUUCAGAAGGACGAAGAUUACAUCAUCAGGAGAAACAGCUUCCUGCCGCUGAGGUGGAUGUCUCCAGAGAGCAUCUUCCAGAACAUCUACGGCUCUGAGAGCGAUGUGUGGUCCUACGGAGUCCUGCUGUGGGAGAUCUUCUCUCUGGGCUGUACCCCGUAUCCUGACCUCCUUACAACCCGACAGUUUAGUUCUGCUCUGAAGAGAGGACACAGAAUGGACCGACCAGAACACGCUACAUCUGACAUGUAUGCUGUGAUGAAGCAGUGCUGGGAUGAAGAUCCUCUCUCCAGACCAUCUUUCUCAUCAUUGGUUGUUGCCGUGGGCAACAUGUUGCCAGCUGACUACCGACAGCGGUACGCCCAGCUGACUGAAGACUUCCUGAGAGGAGAGGGCCCGGCCGUCCUCCAGUCCAGACGCAGCCUGUCCCGGACGACCGAGACGGAGACAGAGACGGACGUCCAGGAGGACAGAAACCCCUCCCACUGCACCGCACACUUCCAGGAAGCUGAACUCAGCAUUCAUUUCACAGGAAGUCCUUCCUCUGACGUGAAGGAGCGCCUGCUGGAGGCGGAACCAGAGGACUCAGGCCCCUCCCAUAAUACUUACAUCAUGCCUGUUGUCACCAUGGAAACCAGCAGCAGCACUGCGCUGGACGCAGUCAGCCCUCUGCUGUCAGACCCGGCUGCCAUCUUGGAGUCACAGGAAGUGACAUCGCCACCAGAAGCUCCUGCUGAGGUAGAGGAGGAGAGCUGCCUGUGAAGGUGUUACUUCCUGCAUUGGCCCCGCCCCGAUGCAGCGAGACCAAUCAGAGACAGCUGAGCCUCCAUGUUUCCUGCUAAUACAAAGAGAGAAGCAGCUCUGGCUCCGAUUUAUCCGCAGUCAUACCCGCCGUGUAGCUCUACUCAGAUUACCUGCUCCUGACCUGGUCCUGACCCAGGUCAGAACCGGGUCAGGACUAAAUGCUUCAAUAAAAAUAUAUCCAACAGC